AAAAAAUUAAAAAAAAUCUAUUUAAUUAUUAAAAAACGAAUAAUUUAAUAAUAAAUCGCAAAAUUCAAAGGAAAAAUAAGCUGGAAAUCAAAAAUUUGCACACACUAGCCAGAUAAUGGCCCAGCGAUCAUAAAAUAAAAAAGUAAAUAAUAGAAAUGAGCUAGACAAUAAGUUUUCUUCUUUUACCAUUUUUAUCAACAAUAUAACAAUAGAAAGAAGAAAAAAAUUAUCUGUUUAAUUUUUGGGCAGUAGUCUACUUUUUAUGCAGCCACAACAACAAUAAAUACAACGUUUCUAACUACCGGAUACAAAAAUUAAUUAUUUAUGCUGAUCACAUUUAGUAUAGUUAAGUUUGUUUGGUAACUUACCGUGCCGAAGGUUUGUGUGUGUGUCUACGAGCUACUAGUUGGUGAGGGUGUUGCUGGAGACGAACCUAGUUUAUAAUAACAAUAUUAAAACAAAAAAAGAAACAGCAACAAUAUUAUUUACAACAACUGCAAUUGUGAUUAUUGUGAAAAAUCAUUUGCUAUUUAGAGAAAUAGUAAAUAAUGUCAGCCACAAUGUCAGAUCAUCGUAAACGUAAUACUUUUACCAGUUACGUAGCCCCACCAGCCGGUGAUGUGUCGUCGUUGAUGGGCGAUGAUGAGUGGUGUAUACCCAGUGAUAUGCGCGAUGUACAUUUGGCCCAGCCACGCUUGCUGCCCAGUGAAUUGGUGGUGGCCUCGGCUCCGGCCUAUUUAUACACGGCCAUUUCUCCGGUGGACACAAAUUUGGAAAUGAAUUGUGCUAGAAAUUCCAAGGAAGCUAUAUUUGGCCUCUUAAGUGUUACGAAUUUCAAAUUGGCGUUUGUGCCUUUACAGCGUGAAAACCCUAAUGGAUUAGUGGCCAAUUUGGGCCAGGAACAUUUGCUUUUGGCGCGUAAUGAUAUCACCUUGAAUAAUAUAGAUCAUGUGUAUCAGGUGGCGGAGACGGGCAGAGCCGUUAGUGCUUUGCCGGGCAAUGCAGGAAGACGUAGAAAAAAACUGGAUGCCCAGCAAAAGCUGAUGAGUGGCAGGAUAGCUGCUUUGCAUAUAAUAUGCAAAAACUUUCGCUUAAUGAAAUUCGGCUUUCAAUAUUCCAAAGGUGGCCGUGAUUGGGGCAAAUUAAUAGCUUCCGCUUUGGCCCGUUUUGCCUUUCCCACUAGGCAUGAUCUUAGUUUUGCCUACAAUUACCAGGAGCCCUACUACUCUACCUUGUCAAAGACAGGGGUCAGCAUGUACAACACCAAAAACGACUGGGCCCGUGAACUGAUUAGAUGUGGUUCUUCCAAUUGGCAGGUGGUUAGCUGUGAGUCGGUGCCCAUGAUACAAGCAGAACGUAUUUCUUCGCGCUACACUUUGCCGCCUCAUUUUGUCAUACCCAAGGCCUGUGAUAUAGAAAAGUUUUUAAACUUGACUAGAGCCUUUUGGGAUUCUAGAGCGGCCUUUUGGGUGUAUGGCUAUGGCAAUGCUUCUUUGGUACGUUUGGCGGAGCUAAAACCCUCCAAUCAACAAGAUACUACUUUGGAAAAUAUUAUGUUGGAGGUGGUGCGUUCAGCCAAUGAGGAAAAGAAGCUGCAUUUGUUACACCUAACCGAUCAUUUACCUUCUAUACAAGAUGUUUUGAAAGCCUAUCAAAAACUAAGAAGAUUGUGUUGCCCCGAAUCGGCUCAACACUUUGUGGUGGAAGAUUCAAAGUUUCUUACGUUACUCGAAAAAUCCAAUUGGUUGUUUUACUCUUCUUUAUGUCUAAGGCAUGCCUGUGAGGCUGCCGAAAAGCUGAGAGAGGGCAACACUUGUGUUCUACAAGAAUCGAAUGGCCGGGAUUUGUGCUGUAUUAUUUCGUCUUUAACCCAAAUUAUUCUGGAUCCCUUUUACCGCUCUAUAGAUGGCUUCCAAUCUCUCAUACAAAAAGAAUGGAUUGCUUUGGAGCAUCCCUUUCAGCGUCGUCUGGGUCAUGUGCGUUUGGCUACUGAUUCGAGUGGUUUGCAGGAGGAGAGUCCUGUUUUCUUGCUUUUCCUAGACAGUGUUUGGCAGUUGCUGCAACAAUUUCCCGAUGAAUUUGAAUUUUCUCAAACCUACUUAACCACUCUGUGGGAUUCCUGUUUUAUGCCCAUUUUCGAUACCUUUCAAUUCGAUUCGAAUGCCGAACGUCUUAAAGCUUUUAAGGAGAAUAAGUUGGUGUUAAGGCCCGUUUGGGAUUGGUCGGAGCAAUUUUUGGAAAAGGAUAAACUCUUCUUUAACAAUCCCUUCUAUCAGAAGCAAAAACCUGAAUUACCCUGUAGACGUUCUAUAGCCAUACCGGCUGGUGCUGUUAUGCUGCCGGGUCUGGCUAAACCAUUGCUAAAUGUAAACUCUUUCCAACAACAACAAAGAUCUACUUUGGCUCCCCACAAUUUCAUAGCCAAAUCGUCGAUACCCAAAGAUAGAUAUUUGCUACCCGAACAUCGCAUGUCUUUUCUAAACAUCUGGGAACAGUGCUAUUUUCGUUUUAUGCCCAUUUUAGAAAUCAAACGGGGUGGUUUUCCCCAAAUCGAACUACAGCAUAGACUUUUGCUUAGCAACAUCGGAAAAUUACAACGUUGCCUAGAGCUGCAAGAAUAUGAGGAUUUGCCUGAUAUUUACUACGAACUUACCAAGGAGGCGAAACCUUUAAAUGCUUCGACGGAUGAAAGAAGAUCCUCGCAAAACUCCACACCCGAUUUUAUAGAUGGCGUAGAACGCCGCAGACGUGUUUCUUUGCCUUUGGCAGGAGCAGCAGUAGGAGUUACAUCAGAUGCCGGUGUAGCCUCUAUUAUGCCCGAAAUUUCCUCCUUCUUUCCGUUUAGCAAUAAUACCGGUGAAACGCAACAAUUGCAUGAUAUAUUAUCUAGCAGCCAGGAGUUUUUGUUGGAGGGUUCCAUCAUGGAUCGUUUGUCGAUUGCCUAGCAUAGGGAUCAGGCCCUGUCGUUGGCCGAUGUACAGGAAGAGAACAGUGCCCUGUAAUAGUUUAGCGAAAUUUUUCAACAAGGAAAAGAAAAGAUCAUUUGUUACCUGUUUCUUGUUAUAAACUUGGUGUGUAAACAAAGAAAGAAAAAAUAUCGAUGUUACAUUAAAAACAAAUUGUUCUUCAUAAGCCAAAAUUAUUUAAAAUAACUAUGCAAACCUAUAAACUAAACUACUACAGCUUAUUUAAAAUAAACAAACGAAAAAGCUUCUUAAACUAUAUACCAAUUUAGAACAAAAAAUAACUGCUUUAAAAUCAAACUAAUUUAGAAAACUACUAAUUUUGUAAAAAAAAAAACAAUAUAAUAUUCCCAAAAACCUAAAGCUACGUUUUUAUAACAAUAACGUAUACAAUACAUAACUUAAAAUACUUAAACUAACUUAUUUAAACAGUUUGAAUUAAAAAAAACAAUUUCGAAUAACCAACCUUGUUUCAAAAAUUAUGUUAAACAAAUUUUCUUCUUUUUUUAUUACAAACAAACAACAAAAAAGUAUUACCGUUUUAUUUCGUUUUUUAUUAUUGGCAAAAUCCAUUUUAAGUUUAGGUUAAAUUACAACAAAAAAAAUUCCCAAUUUAUUGAAAAGUAUAUACAUACAUAUAAAUUUAAGUUUGAACAAUAAACGAUAGUUUUCUAUUGGUGUUUAAAAAAUUAUGUAAUUUUUAUAUAAUUAAAAACAAAAUUUUUGUAUUUUUUUUUUUAGAAAAUAUUGAAAUUUUUUGAUAAUAAAACUACUUUAGAAAAAAAUAUGAAUAAUUCUUUAUGUAAUAAUAAAAAAAACUGUUAAAAAUUUUAUUUAAUUUUAAUGAACUAAACAUUAUUUUGUUAAAUUUUUUAUUAAUAAUAAAUGCUUAAAUAUAAACAAUAUAAAAAACACACACACACAACACGUAUUUAUUACAUUAUAUUUUAUUCCUUUAUAUUUAUAUUUAAAAACAAUAAUAAUUAAUUAAAACAAAAUGUACAUUUAAUGUAUAGUUAUGAUGAUUGAAAAAGUGAAAUUAUGUAAUAAAAUUGAAAUUUAAAAACAAAAA